GGCAUGUACUGUGAGGACUGGGGACUAGUGGAACCAACUGGUCCCUGCCAGUCAGGGUAUUUUUGUCUAGCAGGCAUAAAUUUCAGGAACCCUGAUGGGAAUUUCAGCACUGGGGUUGGGGGAGCGUGUCCUUUAGGGCAUUACUGUCCUGAGGGCACCAGUCUACCUCUACCCUGCCCACUCGGGACCUUUUCCAACAGCCUGUAUGUCACAGAUCGCUCAGGCUGCAGUUCGUGUCCUGCGGGCCAGUUCUGUGGCUCUGUGGGCCUCAGCAGGCCAUCUGGACACUGUUAUGAGGGAUUCUACUGCCCGAGCGGAGCUACCUCCUCCACUGGCUCAGGCACAGAGGGUGGACUCUGUCCUCAAGCACAUCACUGCCCAGCAGGCAGCGCACUGCCACUUCCCUGCCCAGCAGGCACCUACGCCAACCUUACUGGCCAGGUUAUGUGUAGCAUUUGUCAUGCUGGAUACUACUGCCCAGAAAUCACCAGCAACUAUACUCACUAUCCAUGCCCGCCUGGCUUCUACUGUCCUGAUGGCACAAAGCAUGCUACGCAGUUCCCAUGCCCAAGAGGCUACUAUAACCCUGAGCCCAUGACCCAGAGCCUGGACAGCUGCCUACCCUGCCCUCCAGGCCACUACUGUGAGAAGGAAAGACUGACAGCUGUGUCAGGGAAAUGCAAAGCUGGCUGGUUUUGUGUCUCAGCUGCCUGGAACCCUCAGCCGUUUGACCUGGAUAAUUAUACCAAUGCUAACUGUCUGUGUCCUGCCACUUCUACCGGGGGGAGAUGCCAGGCAGGGUACUACUGUCCAUCAGGCAGCUCAGAGCCCAUACCCUGCCCUCCUGGAGCCUUCUGCAAUUCCACUGGCCUGGCCUUGCCAAGUGGUCCCUGUGCCUCUGGUUAUUAUUGCACUGGAGAAGCUACAGAAUCUAAACCGACAGAUGGCAUCACUGGCAGCAUCUGCCCUCAAGGCUCUUACUGUGUUGAGGGCUCCAGAGAGCCAGAGCCGUGCCCAGUGGGCACAUUCUCCCUGGCAUCAGGCUUAAAGAGCCAGGCUCAGUGUCAGCCGUGCAGAGCCGGGCACUACUGCAGCUCUCGAGGCCUAAGAGCUCCCACUGCUCGCUGCAGUCCGGGUUACUGGUGCCCCCCCGGUCAGACUGAUGACCUAGCUCUUCCUUGUCCGGUCGGUCAUCACUGUCCCCCAGGAAGUCCUGCCCCAGUUCUCUGCCCCUCUGGGACGUACCAGGACAAACAGAAGCAGGCCAACUGCACAAUCUGUGAAGAGGGUUUUUACUGUGAUGAGAGGUUUGGAGUCUCUAAUGCAUCUGUCCUGCAGUCCUGUCCAAAGGGUCAUUACUGCCCUAAAGGAACAAGUUAUGCCACUCAGUUCCCAUGCCCCGCUGGUACCUACAACCCAUUAGAAGGCAUGGAUAGCCUAACUGGCUGUCUUCAAUGCCCAUCAGGACACUUCUGCCCAACAGUAGGCCUUAUAGAGCCUGCAGGAUUGUGCUUCCCUGGAUACUGGUGUCGAGAAGGCUCCCACUCAGCCAGUCCAUCUACUGGAUCCUCCGGUUCAAUUUGUCCAAUUGGACACUACUGCCCCAAAGGCACUAUCAACCCUGUGCCCUGCCCAGUGGGCACCUGGUCUAACAGCACAGGCCAGGGGAGUGAAGAAGAGUGCCAGCAUUGCCCUGGAGGAUUCUACUGCUCCACCACAGGCCUCACUGUGCCCACUGGACUCUGCUCUGAAGGAUUCUACUGUACUGAGAAAGCCACCACUGCCUUUCCUACUGACGGGACCUCAGGCAACGUCUGCCCUGAGGGACAUUACUGUCCCAGUGGAACACCUCACCCAGUGCCGUGCGAUCCAGGGACUUUCAUGACGUCCACACAGGCCAAUCAGUGCUGGACAUGCACUGCUGGAUGGUACUGUGUGGAUGGAGGACGGUUACAGUGCCCUCAAGGUAUGGGCCCUUUAUUCAGUUCUCAUAUUCAAUUCUGUAUUACUAUACAUACAAAGGGGUUAGAGAGUGAAACUGAAACACCUGUUUUUACUGUCUGGAGGGGACGGGGUAUGACUGGAGACCUUGUCCACUGGGGACCUACAGUCCAGACUCUGCUCUGA